GCUAACUGGCUUUUUGCUUUCUGCUGCCGGAACUCCCUCCUAAUUUUACUCUCAGUCACCUCGAUUAGAUGACCGUUGCAUAAAGUGCGCCAUAGUCUUUGUUCGAUUUUAAUUAAAAUUGCAAGGGUAGUGCUCAGAUUAUGAGCGAAGUGAAACGCAGAGAAAUGAGAGAUAAAAAUCAAAAUAUCCAAGUCUUCGUCCGAAUUCGGCCUGUUAGCUCGCAAGAGAAAGCAGCCCGUUCACCCAUUGUGGUUGAAACUCAAGCUGGCAACAAUAAAGAAGUGCAGGUGGUUGAGAAGAGUUCGCUAACAAAAUCUUUCAGCUUUGAUCGGGUCUUUGGGAGCAAUUCAAAGCAAGUGGAUGUCUAUAAAGUUGUUGCCGCUCCAUUGGUGGACGAAGUGCUGGCAGGCUAUAACUGCACUGUAUUUGCAUAUGGGCAGACGGGGACAGGCAAAACUUUCACCAUGGAGGGUGAAAGGCAUGACGAAUUGUCAUCUUCAUGGGAAAAUGACCCUUAUUCUGGAAUCAUUCCUAGAACGCUGUCACAUCUGUUUGAUGAAUUGAGGAUUCAAGAAGUUGAGUGUACAGUUCGUGUUUCAUUUAUUGAAAUUUAUAAUGAAGACAUCUACGAUUUGCUGUCUGGAACUGAUGACACUACCAAACUUCGCUUGUAUGAUGACACAACCAAGAAGGGCUCAGUCAUUAUCCAAGGCAUGGAGGAGGUAACUGUGCACAACAAAAAUGAAGUUUACAGUAUUUUGGCUAAAGGCUCGCUCAAGCGUCAAACAGCAGCCACGCUAAUGAAUGCCCAUUCGAGUCGCUCGCAUACCAUCUUCUCCAUCACUGUUCACAUCAAGGAGAACACCGACGACGGCGAGGAGCUUAUGAAGAUUGGCAAACUGAACCUGGUCGAUUUGGCCGGGAGUGAGAACAUUGGUCGUUCUGGGGCCGUUGAACGCCGAGCUCGUGAAGCUGGCAAUAUCAAUCAAUCGUUGCUGACACUUGGUCGUGUUAUCACUUCCCUCGUCGAGCGUGCUCCACACAUCCCAUACAGAGAAUCGAAACUGACACGCUUGCUUCAGGACUCUCUGGGCGGCCGAACUAAAACGUCUAUCAUCGCUACCAUCUCGCCAGCGGCCGCCAACCUGGAGGAGACUCUAUCAACCCUCGACUACGCCCACCGAGCCAAGAACAUCACCAACCGACCCGAGGUCAAUCAGAAGCUCACGAAAAAGGCCCUACUCAAGGAGUACACGGAGGAGAUCGAGAGGUUGCGCCGGGACCUGCUAGCCGCCCGCGAGAAGAACGGCGUCUACAUGGCGCAGGAGAAUUAUGAGCAAAUCACUCGCGAGAUUGAAUUGCAGCGCAAGGAGAUUGUCGAGAAGCUGGAACAGAUCAAGGCCAUGGAGGAGGAACAGACUCGCAAGGAGGAAUCCUGCCAGCAGCUGCAAGGACUCUAUGACGAGCAGCAGACCGUCCUACACGCCACGGCGGAGGAGCUCAACAGCACCAAACACAAUCUGUCGAUGACUCGAUCCAAGCUGAAGCAGACCAGACGCCAGCGUGACGAAAAGGGACACGUUGUCCUUCACCAGACUCGCACCGAGCAGCAACUGGGCAUCCAAGCCCGUGAAUUGCUCAAAGUCGCUGACGUCUCGACGGAUCACGUAGACAAACUUCACUCGAAGCUGGAUCGUAAACGGUCGGUCGAGAAGGAGAAUGAGCGGAUCAACCAAGAAUUCCGUCAGAGUUUCGCCCAAAACGUGGGCCGCAUGGAGGACAGCCUGGAGAAUUUCGUCAAGGAUCACACCAAAUUCCUGGGCGAUCUGUCUGGCAGUUAUGGAACGAUCAUGGCCAAGCAGAGCCGCGAUCUGAGCGUCUUGAGCGAAUUGAUGUCGUCGCUGGUCAAGUCGCAGUCGCAGUUCGCCGAGGGCCAGCGCAAGGCCGCCACCGACAGCACACACAGCACUCAGGAAUUCACGAAAUCCUUCCUGGGCACGACGAGGACCCAGGUCAACGCCCAGGUGGCCAAUCAGAAUCAGUUUCUCGUGGACAAUUUCUUGCCCAAGUUCCAGACGGUGGCCAAGGCCCUGCAGGAGCAAGGUCAGGCGGUCCAGCAGCUCCAGCGCUCGAUGACGGAGGAUCUCCAGCAGCAGGCGGAUUUGGUGAACGUUCUGUUGACGGAUCAAAAGGACGGCAUGAACCGGUUGAGGCAGGUGGCCCAGCAGUGGGACCAGCAGACGGAGUCGCAUCUGCGCCGGAUCAGCGAGCAGCAGACGCUGUCCAGCCAAUCGCUGAGUGAAUUCGACGCCGAGAGCAACAAGCAAAUGCAGAUGAUCAUCAACCUGGUCAACUCUGUCCAGCAGACGCGCGAGAAUUUCAAGAGCCGCAUCAACGACACGAGCAGCGAAGUAUCUAACGCGGUCCAGAUGGCCCAGCAGGAGCGCAGCAAUUUCUACCACGUCGUCGAGACGACGGCCAACGACUUUGUCAACAAGGGCAAGGAUCUCCGCAGCCAGUUGGAGACGGCCCGCUCGACUCUGUUGCAGACGGCGACGGCCUCGCUGGAGAAGGGCGUCGGCCGGAUGCAGGACUCGUCCAAGACGUGCGCCGUCAUCGAGGGCGACGUUUCCAGUCACGUGACGGCCUCGCAGGCCGCCUGGCAGGAGCUCUACAGCGCCCAGGAGACGGAUUUGCGCAAACACUCUGAUCACUUGAACGGGGCCCUGCUGAGCCACGCCCACUUGACGACCGAGUCGCUCCACUCGCUCCACGUUGCCGCCCAGACUCAGGAGGCUCUGCUGGAGGAGCAGCGAGCCGACAUGGUGACGACGGUCCGCGAGAGACGCGACGACUUGGAGGCCCACACCUCGUCGAUGAGCGAUUGGAGCUCGCUCCUCUCGACCGAGAUCCGCCAGCGCAACAACGACGUGGUCAAAUUCAUCGUCGAAGAUAUGCGUCAAGAUGUCGCCACAGGACAAACGCCGCAGAGGAGAGAAUUUGGAUUCCCGAGAUUCUUGGCCUCGACUUCUCCCCACGAGCGGAUCAUCGAGAGAUUCCACGAGGAGAGGGGGCCUUACAACACGGACGAGGAAGACGACGACGCUGCGGAAUUCUCGCAGCUCAGCCGCCGUCACACGGUCAACGAGGCUAGCGGCAAAGCCACGACCUCUUCGACGGCCAUGAUUCACCGCUCGGCGUCUAUGAACGAUUUGGCCAAUCCUGACAAAUCUGCAGCGGCAGGAUCGGCUUCUUCAGCCUCGGCGUCUUCCAGCCACGGUGGAUCUUCUUUGCUGCCUCAACCGAAUCACCGGGCCAGCACUGGUGGAGAGUCUCACGCGAAUCUGGGUUUUCAUCGCGCUCUCUCCGUCGAAGGAUCGCUCAACACCAGCGGCAAGGAUAACAAAGAAAAUUUCGCCGUUCCCCAAGAUCCCCUUCCGGUGGGAGCGGCAUCAGGCGGAAGCAAGAAAAUUCAACGACAGCAAUCCGGACCACAGUCUGGCCGUAAAAUCCUCAACUCUCAAAAUACCAAAAGUUCUUAAAUUUAAAAAAAUCCUACGAAAGAAAAACAAAGAAAAGGUACAGACGAACGACUUUGGCGGAAAUGCGGCAGCAAUUAUUGCCGCACGAACACGAAAUAAUAAUAAUUCAUUGAUUUAAUUUUACGAAUAAUUUUUUAUUUUAUUUCAAG